CUUUGAUAGACUUUCUUUGUUUCUGAAUCUCUUUCUUUUUAAAUUUCAUCAUUUCGAUAAUCCAUAAUGGAAGUUUAUUCAAUAACUAAUAAAGAAUAUUAUAGGAUUCUGAUUCCUUUUGCUACAAAAAUUUACUCGCCUAUAUCCAACCACUUGUAGAUGGUAAUAGGCAUUCCUAAUAUAUGGGAACAAAAGUGUAAUAUUUUCUCUGUGAUCCGCACCACCAAUUCUGUGUGGUUGGUCCAUACAAAAGGUGUGGCCUGGAUAUAUACCCUACCCAGAAAGGAUUCUUUAUCUGGGAGAUGGGCAUAUAUAAGGAGGGACUGUUGGCUGUAGCAAUUGAACAACAUAAGGCAUGGUUCGGGAAGUUUCAAUCUGCUUCUUAUACAUUUUUCUUUCUUUCUUUCUUUCUUUCUAUCUCACACACACACACACACAAAAAAUCUUGGUUUCAUCCAUUCGAUGUUUUGUGCCAUGUCAUGUCAUGGCCUAUCAUAUGGAAAAUUGUGGAUGAUUUCUUCUUCAGGGUAAUUGGGUAUCUUUGUAGGGUACCUUGGGUAACUUUAGUAGCAUUUAGGGUCUGUACUUCCUUCAUUAUGGUCAAUCGUCCAUUAUUAUUCAUGAUUUAUGGCUGUAGUUAGUACUUGGAUCAAGGGGAGCUGGUGGAUAUCCCAAUAUUUGAUCAACUAGAAGUAUUUAGAACAUGGAAAAUUAAACAAUAUAUUUCAUUCUUGAUGAUUGUUAGGAUUCAUGAGAAAAGUUGUGGCCAGUGUUUGACACUGGCUGCCAGCCUAACUGAGCCCUCCUUUAUCCGGGCUUGGGACCGGCAAUGAGCGUGAGAAACUCCCACUGGUGGAGUUUGGUUCAAGUUGGUUUGGCCAUGUGCUGUGGGGACCAAGAACCGGACUAGUUAGGAGUGAGUUGUUUCAAGUUGAAGGCUCAACAAGAGCAACAGGAAGGCCCAAAAGGAUGUGGAUGAGUUGGAAAAGAUCUGAUGACGUAUGGUUUAACUAAGGGCAUGGUCUUUAAUAGAGUGGAAUGGCAGAAUAGGUUUUGUGUAGUCAACCCCAAUUAGUUGGUAUAAGGCUUAGAUGAUGAUGAUGAUGGUGGUGGUGAUGGUUAUAAUAAAAUGUUUGUUGCUUUGAUAGAGUGGAAUGGCAGAAUAGGAUUUGUGUAGCCAACCCUAAUUAGUUGGGAUAAGGCUUAGAUGAUGGUGAUGGUGAUAAUAAAAUGUUUGUUUACUGCCCCUUUAUUUGUCAGAGCUAAUUUAUUUGUAAUAAUAAGUUAUGUUCAGUAUGAAAGUUUAGCCAAAUAUAUGUUUAUCUGUAUUAUAAUACUUGAUUGAGACUAGAUUUUGUUCCUUCCUCAGCCAAAUGUAAAGAUGUUGAUUAACUUCCUACUUUCUUCAUCUUGCAUGUGUCAUGUCUUUAAAUUCACCCUUGAUUUUAUACCGAAUCAUAUGAAUCAUGGACUACACCUUCCAUUACUUCUUCAUUUAAACAUUGUUCUUGAUUCACAGACUUGUCCUGGUGUUUAUGUGGUGGUGUAGGUGAUCUGGCCUCACCUUAGUUUGAUGUGAUCCUAUUAUUUUUUUUUGUAGACAUCUUUUUGUUUUCCUUUUAUAUACUUUCGAUGCCACUUUGUUAUUUAGUAAAACCCUUGAGGUUAUGUGAUUCUUCACCUGAGAGCAUGCAUACAAUCUUCUCACAUUUGUACAACUGGGUUCCAUGUUUCAAUGAUCCAAAUGGUUCAUCUGAUGGACCAUACAAUAAGUGGAAGAUCCUAAUCAUCAACUGUUUGGCCUUUUCUCUGUUUCUGUUUCUGUUUCUGUCUUAUUUGUAUCUUUAUAUUAGCAGGUAAGGGCCAUCUACAGUGGGGCCCAUCAGAUGCAGGUCUUGAUAGCCUUUGGAACCAUGGGCCCUAUAUAAAUAAAGAAUCCAAUUGUUCUGGACAGAUUCCACAUUUGCAUCCUUGAUCUUUCUUAUCCACAAUUUUCACAUGGAUGAAUACGUCGGUAAAAGAGCUUCCGGCGGGCCAAGAAUCACUAAAAGAGGGUCCGGCCUCUCUUUUAGAGAUUCAAACCAAGAGGAUAGAAGCAUUCCAUGUUGUAACCGACUGGGAUGCAGCACGAGAUUUUAUUCCUCAGAAGGCAGUCAAAUCAGUCAUGACUCGGAAAGACCCAAAUAUUCAAGGCCGUCCUUCCGAUCGUCAAGCAGCAAGGCCAUAACUGUAAGUUCCUCUAAACCGUCGGGUGGCACAGGCUACCUUAGAAAGGUCCGACAGGAACAGCGAAUCUCAAAGUCUUUCAAAGAAACCACUGCUAUUGAAAGCAGUAGUAGACAGGAGGAAGUACAAGUCUCUGAACCUAUUUCCACAACUGUGGCCACUGCUACAAUAGAUGAAGCGGGGAGCUGCACUCUGGCAUCAAAUUCAGUGCCCCGGAAGAAAACCCAUCAACAUUCUGGAUCGAGCAAUCACGAUACUUCUGCAGGUACCUCUGCCCGCCGUACUCUCUCAUCUAAAAACACAGGCCAGGCUGCAAAAUCUGUCUUGCAAGGUCAGGCUGAUGCAAAAUUGAACAAGACUGGGCUGAGAAAUCUUGGGUGCACAGUGACAUCUGAUCCUCUUCCUUCAGGCAGUUCAUCCUUGAAUUCUGGUCCUAAUAAAAGGUGGGAUGUGGUAAAAAAGCGAUGCCCUCCUGAUGGAGAGAGCUCUUCCACCAGAGUUAAGAGCAUGAGCGGGCCUUCCAAUCAGAGGAAUACACUCUUGGGUACCAGUCUCUCUUUUACAGAACGUUCACCAUUGCAACAACCUCCAAGAAGGUCCAGACCUUUUUCUGCGGGUGGCAAUAGCGUUGCUUCAGUCAGAACUCGGCGGACAGUCACGGAGGAUAGCCGAAGAAGGACGUCGAAGAGUGGCAAUGACAACGGAUCAUCACUAGUUGACUCGAAUCCACAAUCACCACAAAAUGAGGUUUUGAUGAGUGAAUCCUCUACAGUCAGUUCAUCACAGUCAUCCCAAACUGAACUCACCUCAAUCUCUCAGAACUCUUAUGGACUAGGCCAGUCGGUCAGUUCGAGCAGUGAUGCUGUGCGGUCUAGGCCAUUCGACCGUCUUGAAGAUGGAGGUGCCAGGACAUUCUACAGAAUUCCGGCGGAUCGAGAUGCGCUCCGACGCUUUCAGAUGGAUGGAAUCGCAGAGGUAUUAUUGGCUCUAGAUGGGAUUGAACAUGAUGAAGAGUUAACAUAUGAGCAAUUAUUGGUUCUUGAGACGAAUCUGUUCUUAGCUGGACCAGGGUUUCAUGAUCAGCAUCGGGACAUGAGAUUGGAUAUAGAUAAUAUGUCAUAUGAGGAAUUGUUAGCUCUGGAAGAGAAAAUGGGUACAGUCAGCACAGCCCUUACAGAGGAAGCAUUGUCAAACUGUCUUAAAAGAAGCACUUAUGAGCCCACGUCUCUUGUCCAGGGAUCUGCACUCACCGGGGAUGAUGAUAUCAAAUGCAGCAUUUGUCAGGAAGAGUAUGUGGAGGGAGAUGAAGUGGGCAAGUUAGGGUGCGGGCACGGGUACCACGUGGUCUGCAUCCAUCAGUGGCUCCGGAUGAAGAACUGGUGCACAAUAUGCAAAGCUCCGGCAUCGCCCUCGUAGCCACAUAACUGGUGGGGUGCAGUAAUAAAAUCUGUAGAAUCCUGUGGUGGGUCUCUCUCUCUCUCUAUGUGCAUAUUGCCAUGUUCUUGUCAUUUCUCAUGAAAUAAACCACAGGCUGUCUCAGCAGUGGGAGAUAUAUGUCAUUUACGUUUAAAACAUAAAUGAAAUGAAAUGUUCAUAGAGUCUGGUGUUUCUUCU